AUGAACAAACGGGCCACGCCGAAGCCCACUGAUGCCAGUGCAUACUUCUUUCAGCAGCUACUCCCCACAGAGAGGUCCGACACACCGGACACCGAAGGUGGUACUUGCAAUGACGCUGGUUUACAGCAGGCGGCCGCGGCGGUGCUGCGCAGUGCCUUUAUGCCAGCUGAAGCAACCACUUUGCUGAAGUGUUCCACCGAGGAGGAGAGCUGCACCGCCGAUGAGCUGGCUGGCAUUUUAGAGGCGUCAUGGAAGAGAGUAGAGGAAGUCAUGGAGAGAAACAAGGUGCGUCGACGGCGUAUCGAGGAGGAGCUGCCGCAGGCCCUUGCGCAGGUUGACGCAUACACAUUCUGGACGCCAGACAGCGUAUCGACGCGUUACGAUCUUCCAGCGUCGAAAUUAUGCGGAUCCUUAGUAUCUGAAGUGACGGAAGACGAUGACACUGCUGCUGCUGCUGCUACAGCGGCGCCAGGGAAGCAUCACGCAAAGGCGUGGGGGCGGACGGACAGGGACCUCCUCAACCCCGCUAGAUGCCCAAAUUGCUUGCGCCGUCUGUUCGCGCCUAUCCUGCAGCGACGAGAUGAGCUGCCCAAAUCGCUUACUCUCUUGUUUAAUGCACUACAGCGUGUGCAGUCGGGCACCUUCCCCCAAAUCGAAGCGGUGAUCGAAAAGGGUUUCUUUGAGUUGCCUCUGUAUCGUCCAUUUCGGUGUAUUUCCUCCUUCAUUACCCGGUACCUGGCGGAGGACCUGAAAGGUGAGAAGAGGGGGCAGGCGUUCGCCGGUGUCUACAAACUCGUAUCCGGUAAGCUGAAGGACGCACAGGAAAAACUGCGGCAGUUCGGGCACAACAGAGCUGUUAGUGCCUCGCCUUCCCCCCGUGAGGGGGCGGCGGAGCUCCUCUACGGCACGCUGCUGACAGAGUUACGUGAACGGAAGAGUCUCCACGAUGGCUGCACCUGCGAUCUUCAGGAUCUCACUGAUGUCGCAACAGAGCAGCUCACGGGAAUGGAGAGGGGUCUGCAGGAGUGCGACAGCGAGUCCAGGCGUCUGCUCAGUGAGAUUAAACAGGAUGCGGAGGAAUACGUGGCAGGACUGGAAGCGACCACGGAACGCCGAAAGGCUGUCAUGGAAGAAGUCAAUGCGGCUUAUCAGCGCGAUCACGAUAGGCUAUUUGCCUCCUUGCAGGCAAAACAGUACAGGGCAAAGAAGAGUGAAGAACUGCAGGAAAAACUUGCUCGUCGUGUACGCGAAGCCACUAAAGAGUGGUACGUGGAGCAGCUCAAGUACGAUGGACUUGCGCAGGAAAUCAUCACGGAAAGCGUGACCCUGCAGCAGCUCGAUCACAGCUACAAACAACUAAAGGGAGUGCUGGAUGAGUGGGCGACCUCAAUAGAUUCAGAGGAGAAGGCACAGUGGGUGACGGAUGUGCUGCAGCAGUCUGAAGAGGUGCGAGCCCACCUCAUUACGCAGUGCCAGCAGCACAUUGGCCGACUCAAGACAGAAGAGCACUACCGACGCUGUCGCUUGGCUGGCUACGCCACAGAAAACGCAUUGAGCUGGUCACGCUGCCUGCAGGACCUCGCCGCAAUAUACGAGAGCCACUACGACACACUUGCUGAGAAGUGCAACACUUCAAUGCAGCUGCGCUACCUUCUCUCUUAUGAAAAGGAUCAUGUGGUGAGAGACCUACACCAGCUGCAGUGUGAGAUUAUGCAGCUUGACGCCAAGUGGGGCGAGCUGACACCUGUGCUGGAGGAGCUAGACAUGCCAGUGCCGGCCCUAACACAAUGCGAGAGCGACGCGGCGUGCCAAGAGUUCCGUCGUAUCCUUUGCGGGCUUGACAGCAGUCGUCUCAUCCGCGGCGAAUGUGCUCGUUUGGCGCCGCUACAGCGCGAGGCACAAACCAACGUACCUGUGGAGAAGGAUAGUAACAAAGUUGCUGGUGCCGGAUGA